GCGGCAGUCCCGUGUCAGGCGUCGAGUCGCCCGGUCCGCCCGCCCAGCGCCGAGGCCCGCCCUGCGUACCCACACAAAGCCGAGUCCCAGACACCCCUUCCUUAUCUCUCCCGUCAUAAACAUACUGCAUAGGAAACUGCACGACUCGCUCAGCUCGAUUUCUGUGAUUGAAAAAUAAACCCCAAACAGUUGUGUCCAAAGUGUUGUGAUUAGCAAGUGUUUGUGUAAUGUGUUGAGCUGACCGUGAACGGUUGGGUGUAGCGGAGUGGCGGGUCGGUAGCGCUUCAUGCAGGGGCGCGCGGCCGCAGGCCCGGGCGGGCUCCGCUCCAACCCGCGCGCCCUUCCGCCGGUGCUGCCGCCGCCGCCCCAGUUCGCGAGCGACCAGGAAGCGAUGCCGGCCAACCAGAUAGCCCAGGUCAUCGCCCUAAUAUGUGGUCUGCUAGUUGUGAUCCUCAUGGUGCUGGGGCUGGCGUCGGCGGACUGGCUGAUGGCGGCGGGCUGGCGGCAGGGGCUCUUCAUGCACUGCAUAGACCCCGAGGCUCCCACGCCGCUGCCAUUUGACAUCACGGCACAGCCCGGCUGCUACGCUGCCAGGCCUACCUCUUAUAUUAAGGCGUCGGCGGGGCUGUGCGUGGCGACGCUGGCGGCGGACGUGUGCGGCGCGCUGCUCACGGGGCUGGGGCUGCGCGCCGCCGACCACCGCACUAAGUUCCGCUACUACCGGUUCGCGGUACUCGCCAUGUCGCUCGCACUGAUGUGCAUCUUAAUAGCGCUAGUCAUCUACCCGGUGUGCUUCGCCGCAGAACUGAAUUUAGGCAACCGAUCUGUUUGGGAGUUCGGCUGGGCCUAUGGCGUCGGAUGGGGCGCCGCCAUCUUCCUGUUCGGCGCCGUCGUGCUCCUGCUCUGCGACAAGGAGAGCGAGGAGCUCUACUACAAGGAACGAAAAGUGGUCCACACGGAGCGCCCGGGGCGCCCCUAGGGCCGCCCGCGCCUGCCCGACCUGGUGCCGUGAGCACCGCCUCGCUAGCACCGACGCGCACGCCCGCUGGGUGUGACACCGAGGUAACAUCCCGUGCCGGUGCCUGACUCACCCGACCAUGCGGUUAUAACAUAACGACACACGACAUAUUCUAUUGUUUCACAGUUGGCUUCAUUCCCUAUACAUGUAUAUAUGUGUGCCUCAAAUCUUAUAACUUAAAGUUGAACCCCUACCGAUGUCUUACUCGGUUGAAAUUUCGAAGUCCGAUGACAAUGCAAUAAUAUACUAACAUGGAGCUGAUCUGAUGAUGCAAUCGGAAGGUAACUAAAGGAAUUUCUCGAUGGAAAACAAAAACGUUGAGUUUAGGCUCAUUAGAAAAGUCUUGAGAAGUACUAUUAAGUGAUAGAAAUGCAAAAAGGAAGGAAUACGGUCAACAAAAAAGUGCGUUACAAACAUUUUUGACAGUAACUUGUUCUCGCAGAUUUUCGCUUCGUUUAACAUGUUUUGUUAAGCCUUUUGUAUGCUUUAGCAAUAAGCACUGAUGAGUGCAUCCCGACAUUCAACUUAAGCAUGUUAACAUUAAAUAGAACAGCCAUUAUUUUACGGUAGAACAAGAAAGGUGAAUAUGAGUUUUGACAUGUUCUCUAUUUAACAUCAUAGAUCUUCCAUUAAAAAAUGAUUUGUUAUGUUCAUACUUCUUCCAGUUCUGAGGCCUAAUUUUACUAACAAUUUAUAGCAUAUUUUUAAAUACUUGAGGCUUGUUUUACCACUGUGCAACUUUGGCGCUGACUGUACCUACAUCAUUACAAUACAAACAAUAUAUUUUUAAACGGCACCAAACAUUUAACCUAAAAUUGCGCCCUCCGUUUAAAUAUUCCUCAUUUGCAUAAAAUGAAUAUUUUUAUAAUUUUUAACAAAAAGAAAAUCUGAACAUGGAUAUGCUUACCGUCCAAAACCAGCUAUUAAAUGUUGCAUAAAUGACAUCUAUAAACAAAAACCUUUUUUACUACUUUUACCUGGUGGGUUUUUGGUACACAUGAGACAAUUAGUAACUAUAUUACUGAACCGGUGAGCUCCAUCUUAGACUCUGUCUUCACUUUCCAUCGGGUAUGACUAGGGUCAACCGCCGGUUUUAAUAAAAAAAAUUAAAUCUAGUUCUAUUUUGGAACAGAUUUGUUCAGAAACGCUCUCUUUCACUUUGAAUAUGUCGUGCAGUUUUUCAAUUGUUAUAUCGCAUUGUCAAUUCCGUAAUUAUAAACAAAAUAUUAAUUGCGUAAGGAACGAAAUAUAUUUGAUUUCCUAAAUAAAACCUAUGGAGACGUAACUUACGUAAUAUAUUUUUAUCUAUGUAAUAUUUACGGAAAGGUGUUAAACAUAUUGAGCAUAUUAAAACGUCUGUUGUGAAAUACGUGUUGGAAUCUCUUAUUGAUCUAAUUUAUGUAAAGUUCUUUGAUGAUGGCAUUUUAAAGAAAUGAUGACGUUAUGUGCUUCAAUAUAUUUAAUCGGUACGGAAGUGUUUACCCGAGUAAAUCUGUCAUGCCGAUGUAGACCUUACAGUGUGGUGACAAGGUCUACUUAGCAUCGAUAGCCCUCGAUGACUCGCGUCAUAUUUUCUUAGGCUCAUUUCGUAGUACUUGCGCUGAUACUAAAUUAUAUAUAAGAUUAGGAUCUGUAUCGAAUCUCAAUUAUUGAAAUAAUAAUGAUAUUGCAAAGAAACUCAAAUGUUAGCUUAGGCUAUUUUGGACCAUAGUCAGUGUGAGUGCUAUGAUUAUACUUAUUUUUUAAUCAUUUGUAUUUAUUUGUUUUUGAAGUAUAUUUUUUGAUAAAUCUCAAGCUACACAUAGCUUAUAACAUGUUUGACAAACAAUCAAAUUUAUCAAACUUUUUUUUACUUUGUGAUUCGCUACGUGUUAUUAACGCGUUUUAUUUUAGCCAUACUUUAUUGGUAAGUUUUUAGUUGUAAGUUUCGUUAGGAAGUCCCGCGCUGACGCGCCGGGCGGACGCCGUACCUAGAACGUAAUCUGUUCCAAAGAGCGUUCCCUUAUUUAUUGGCUUUAAUUUAUUCGUCCUACGUUGGUAGACGUUGAGUUAGGUUUAGUUAGUGGCGCGCGCUCGAGUGUCUCACCGCUGGCGAGCGCGGGGCGGCGACAGGGCAGGCGCCGACAGGCGACAGGCGACAGGCGCCGACUGGCGACAGGCGACAGGCGCCGACAGGCGACAGGAGCGCCACCGGGACGCGACACGGACAGCCCAGUGCUAGUGCUCGGUAGUGUAGUGACGUGCACUAGUGACGCGGACGGGCCGUGGCGGCGGCGAGCUACGCCGUAAAGUAGCGAGCCCCGGUUCUUCUGACAUUCGUAUAUGUUAGUGUAUUUAUAACGGACGCAAUGUACAGCGUGCGAUGCUGUAAACUUCCCUGGACGGGAUCCGGUGACCGGCUAUGAUACUACUGAGAUAUCUAAAGGAAUUAAAUGUAUGUUUUGAUUAUAGUUACCUUUUAGUACGAUAUACUCGCUGUUGUGUAAAAUCUAUUUUAUUAAUAUUUAUACAUUUAAUGUUUGUCCCGAAAACGAUGUACCGGUUUUUUUCUCUCGAAUUAGUUUCGACCUUAUAAAAUUUAGAAUCUCAUUCGAUUACUUUUGAUCUGAAUUUGCAAUAUUUACUAAAGCUUUUUUGGAAUUGAAUAUUAUUUUAAAAAUCAUAAUAUUUUUUUAUUAAUGUUUAUAUAAAAGGAAUGUUUAACGAAAUAAUUAUCAAAUACAUCUUACUAAAGUGUUGUUUGUAUUAAGCAUAACGGUUACGUAUAAGUGUAAUCUAGCUGUUAAGAUUAAGAUAUUGUAAGAGCAUUGUUAGAGCAUUUACUCAGUGCUGUCGUUCGGUCUGGCGAUGAAUUUACUAGUUAACAGGCGACUGUGUCGCCAUCUACGCUGAUUUGUAGUCCUUGGUUGUGGCUUUAAUUCCAUAAAAUAACAUUUAUUUUGUGAUAAUUUGGUAGCUUUUCUUGAGGCCUUAACGGAACACAUGACGUAACAGAUGGCCCGUUGAAAAAUUGUCAAUUUACAUUUUAUUUAAGUAGUUUUGUAGGAUGAUCUUCUAUUUUGUAUAAGGCCAAUAAAAUUUAAUCAUAUUUUUUAACUUAGAUUAAAUAAGAUCUGUUCUAACACUCACUCGAUACUAUCGAAAUGUUUUAUAUCCACACUGCCAUUUAACUUAAAUUAUUUUUCUUUCCCGAGUCAUUUUAAUUAUAUUAGUGUGAUAAAUUAUUGUAUUUACUGUAAGUGUACAUUUUACAUAAUAUGGUAUCCCUAAUCCCUUUUAACGUCAAGUAACUAACCAGUUAUUUUCGUAACUUGUACUUGGGCAAUUUGCUAGAGCAGUUCUCUUAAAGUGCCCAUGCAGCAUGCUUGCUUGGUUACAUAUUCGCACGAUGUUAAUACUUAAAAUAAUAUGUAACACAUGAAGAAAACAUGUUUUACGCGUCCAAGAUUUUUUUAUAUUACAGCUUGGUUUAAUUAGCCUACCCGGCAAAAACAAAGUUUAAGUAUACAUUGUACCAGUACCUAACCUAUAAGUGUGCAUAUGAAACUUGGCAGGCAUCUGAGUCAGAAGUGGGUAACUGUAAGGACUUCAAAAGGUUUUGACGAAUAAUUGUUUAAAAAUUCUGUAUGUUAACUUUAUCUUACGAAAAUCUUGGUAUUAAGUCUUUGUAAUCUCUAUUAUGUAAUUUUACUUGUUCCUUUGUUGUUGUGUUUGUAGUUAUCCAGUGCUAAAGACAAUAAUUCAUUAGGGGACAAACGAUACAUCCCGAGGCACGCCGCCAGCAACGUCAGGUGAUAUCUCGCAAACAUUGCCAGAUUUCCCUCGAAAAGGCAUGCGCGCGGCGCGGCACAGUAUGUUAGGCGAUGUAUCACGACGUCAUGUUGGUCAAGUGCUCCUAAAGGCAGCACCAGUGUGCGGCACAAGCAUAUUCAGUACAAAAAUGCUUGUGCCGCAUACUUGUGGAAUCCCGCCUUAAUAUCGCUGUGGACACAAGUCACGAAAUAUAGAUAUAGAUCGUGUCAUUCACGACGACGCGUAACUUGACUCGUAUUGUCAUGUUAUUACAGGAUAGAUUGACAAAUCUGCGCGUCAUCGUGGAUGACACGAACUAUAUUUAUAUUCGAAAAGCGAAGUCGAGAGAAUCUGUGUCCCCUAGUGAAUACCUGGCUUAUGAGUACAACAAUGUAGACUUAUAUCAAAACAAAUUACUGUAAAAGAACACGCAAAUGUAGGUACUGAAUGAUAACAAGUGAUGGUCGAAGGAAAGCCAAUAAUAAGAUGAACUAGAAUUCUGUUGUUCUUUUACAGAUAUCUUGACGUGUUUAAGGUACAUAUUGUACCUACUCUACGAAAUUGCCCAUGUAUGACCAUAUUACAAUGUCCAUUUUCUUAGCCAAAUUACAAGUCAUAUCAAUGAGAUUGAAUAAAGUACCUAGUGAAGAAUAAAA